GCUAAAAAUAAAAUGCCCCACCAUUCCCUUCCCUCCCUCUCUUCCUCUCUCUUACCCACUUGUCUCAGCUUCUCCUCUCCUUUAAAAUCUACAAUUACAGCUCUUUCUGACUUGCCCAUUAAUGCCUACAUAAAGAAAAACUAAACCCUCAAAAUUUAUUAAUUUUUUGUUUUACAUUUGCUUUCACCUUUUUUGCAAGGCUAGAAAAAUCAUUCAUUUUGAACCAAUAUCUUUCUUUCAUUUCUUUGAACUCAAAAAAAACCACAAAGAAAAGCAAGCACAUGGGCAAGAAAAUGAAGCUCCCUUUCCUCUCCAAGAUUAACACUACCAGUACAGAUUAUUCAAGCUUAAACUCUUCAUGGCCAUGGCCUGCUUAUUGUCAACAACCAAAAACCCUUUCUUUUAGAGCAGAAAACAUGUUCAAAACUCUUAACUCAGCUUACUUAGAGGGUGCUCUUGAUGUUGUUGAUAACAUACCUGCUAAUGAGUCUAGUUACUUCACCAACUCUUCUACUUCUGAAUCUGUAAGUCUCUCUAGUGCAUCAGAUGAGUCAGGAAUAUCAGGUGAGUGUAUAGAGACUGUGAUUAAAGGUUUAAGGUCAGAAAGGCUGUUCUUCAAACCAGGAGAAACAAGUUCAAUCUUGGAAGAAGCUAAUAAGAAAGCUGCAAAAGAAGCAGCAGAAGGAGGUGGUGAUGAGUUAUUGGCAUUUAAAGAAAGUAUUGCUUUGUCAAUGGAUUCUCAAGACCCUUAUGUUGAUUUCAAGAAAUCAAUGGAAGAAAUGGUGGAAGCUCAUGGUUUAAAAGAUUGGGAAAGUCUUGAAGAGUUGCUCUCUUGCUAUUUGAAAGUAAAUGGAAAGAGUAAUCAUGGCUAUAUCAUUGGUGCUUUUGUAGAUUUGCUUGUGGGUCUUGCUCUUGAUCAUUCUUCUGCAUCUUCUACUACUAGUACUGAUCAGUCUUACUGUUCUUGUACUCGUUCUCCUUAUUCUCCUUUAUCUUUCUACACUUCUUCUAAUUUUUCUGAUGAUUCUUCUUCAACUCCAUGUGUUUCUUCAUUGGAAAUUGAGGAUGAGGAAGAGGAGAUCAUUAUUCAUUCAAGUAUUCCUUGUCUGUCUUCGUCAUUAGAAGCUAAGAAUGAGAUUAAAGAUAAUUAAAAGAUGAUCAGUGUUUCAUCUUAACCCUUUUUCUUGUUUCUCUUCUUUUCCUUUUUGGGGUUCUUUUUGGUCUCAUUUAUGGAGAUAUAUGUGUAUACAAGGAGCUUGAAAUAUUAUGACAGUCAAAUCAUUUUCAUCAA